AUAGAGCAUCCUCCAUCUCUCGUUUGCCAACUUCACAUAAUACACCCCACAGCUACCAUCCGUACUCAUCCCAAAAAUUCCCGCUUCGUACUCUUUCCGAAGCCCAGUCCAAACAAUGACUAAUAUGCCUCCCCAAUAACUACCACCCAUAACCAUGGCCAACCCCCGCGCCACCAUCCUCACCCUCCUCCUCCUCUUCCUCCUCCUCACCCCCGACACCCCCCCCACCUCCGCCGGCGACCGCCUUGCCCAAUCCUCCUUCCUCGCCACCGAACACCAUGCCCUCUCCCUCCUCGCCAACGCUUCCUUCCCCGCCUUCGACCCGCCCGAGGGGAAAUGGAUGAACCUCACCGCGUUCCGCGAGGGGGAUGGGAUGCGCUGGGAUUUGUGGGCGGGGGUGAGGGGACAGGUGCGGGCACAGAUGGUGAGGGCCUUGGGGGAGCGGGUGGGGGGGUUGGUGGGGGAAGGGGGGGAGAAGCGAGCGGAGGAGACGGCGGAAGGGGGCCAGGAGCGCGAGCAGGAGACCAGGGCCGGCGACGACAUGUUGGCGCCGAUGUACCGCAACGUGUCGGGGUACAUAAAAGGUUCCUGGGUGCGCUCGAGGAUCGCCGGCCCAGAUAAAACGGACCACCCGGCGGUGAACCUGACUCAAUUAGUCCCGGAGCGGCGGUACGUAGGCCUGUAUCUACGGAACGUCACCGGCGCGGACGGGGGGGUGAAGAUCCGGUUGCGGGAGAGCGGGCCGAUGGAGAAGGGGCGGUUUUGGAUGCUGCCGGCGGGGGAGGCGGGAGAGGUGAAGAGUAUUACGGCGGAGGUGGAGGUGAGUGAUGAGGAAGGAUCCGGGGGGAGGUGGCAGGCGAAGUUACAUGGGGUGCAUUUCGUCAAGUCGGGGGGGAUGGUGUUUUCGACGACGAGUGAGAAGUUCCCCGGCAUCUUCGCCCUACCGUACUUCACCUUUUCGGAGCCGGCGUUCGCCCUCUCCAAAACCUAUCUCAACCGCACCCUCUCCGAAACUGUCGAGAAGCAGCAGAACAACCACCGCGGCUGGAUGAACCCUUGGUCCUCGACCAUCGACGGCGCCUCCGACGGUCCCUUCGCCGCGCCGCACUGCGAAUACCUCCUCUACCUCCAACAGCACCCCCUCCAGCCUCCCUCCGACCACCUCUCCCCCUCUUCCCAAACCCCCAUCGACCUCCUAGAGCGCGAGCUCCGCUUCCCCACCGGCUACCACGGCGCGCGCGCGACCCCCAUGUCCAUGUCGAUGGUCCUGUUCUCCCCGGACUGCGGCGUCGUGCUCGAAUCCAAGGGACCGCCGGACUUCGCGCCGAAGGAGGGCCGGCACCUCCAAGGGUCGAAGAUCGAGGUGAUCUUGAACGCCACGCGGCGGCACGCGCUGCUGUACGCGGCGGUGAUCGCGGGGCAGGUGCUGCUGAUGGUGCGGCAGAUGAAGGACGCGAGCACGCCGUCGACGCUGAGUCGGGUGAGCUUCUACACAAUCGCGAUGAUGUCGCUAGGUGAUGGGUUCGGCUUCGUGGUGUUCGUCCCCGUAAGCAUGUUCGUGGAGUCGGCGUUCCUCCCGCUGCUCACGACCGGGUUCAUGGCGUUCGUCGCCGUCACGUUCUUCGAUCUGCGGUUCCUGAUGGAUAUUUGGACCGUGCAGAUGCAAGAGCGCCAGCGACAGGAUCGUUCGGCUAAUGCGACUGUAUCUACACCUCCGCUGACGCCAACACCCACCCCAUCCGAACAACCCCAAACACCCGCCCAACCACCCCCAUCCACGAACGACACCCUCCCCCUCCCCGCCACCACCCCCCGUCCCAUCAGCCCCUCCGGCACCAUCCCCAUCAUCCUCCCCCCCGACCAAGACCUAACCCAACCCGACCCACCCCCUACCGCCGACCCCACCGCCCCCCGCCGCGAACUUGGCAGCCUCUACUCCCGCUUCUACUUCCUUCUCAUUGGCCUCGCCCUCCUCUCCCUACACGCCUCCAGCUGGCCGCGCCCCCUCCGCUCCGCAUACGCCAACCUCCUCGCCUUUACCUACCUCAGCUUCUGGACGCCGCAGAUCGCGCGCAACGUCGUGCGCAACGCGCGCAAGGCACUUGGGUGGCGGUUCAUCGUCGGGCAGAGCGUGCUCCGUGUCGUGCCGGUCGCGUAUCUGUGGGGGUAUCCCGGAAAUCUAGCGUUUCUAGACGUGGAUGCGGGGAGUCUGCGCACGUUGAUGGUGUUGUGCGGGUGGGUAUGGGUGCAGGUGUGGGUGCUGGGCGUGCAGGAGCUGUUCGGGCCGCGGGUCGUGGUGUGUGGUGGGCGCGUGGGGAAGUGGUUGCCGCCGGUGUAUGAUUAUCAUCCGGUGUUGCGGGAGGAUGAGGAGGGGGGAAACAUUCCGGUCGGUGCGGGCGACGGGGGUGGCGCGUCUAGGCCGCCGAGCCCGACGGGUUCGAAUGCGGCGGAGUCGAAGGAUAGGGAUCGGGACGCGGAUCGGAGGGGGCAGAGGGUGUUCGAUUGCGCGAUCUGCAUGCAUAAUCUGGCGGUUAUGGUGGUGACGAAGGAUGCGAGCGGGAGCGCCAAAUCGGCCGAAGCGGCGGCGUCGGGACCGGCGGGGUUGCUGGCGCGGAGAGCGUAUAUGGUGACGCCGUGUCGGCAUAUUUUCCACACGGAGUGCUUGGAGGGGUGGAUGAAAUAUCGGCUGCAGUGUCCGAUCUGCCGGGAGACGUUGCCGCCGCUGUAACGUAGAUCCGUAGUUGGAGAAUCGCAGCUUUUCAAGGUUCCGUUCGUGACAUGAUGCCGUUAGGUUUAUGAUGUAUCAGACUUCUUCGAAAGACAA